AUGGCUAUCAUUGCCAGUGCGAGAGACGUUGGCGCAGAUGCGAACGAGGAGUGGUCAGAUGGCGGGAAACUGUCCCCAUCCACAAGGGUUGCCAUUGGGGUGGUGCUAGGUGUGACACCCCCGGAAGACUCUUAUGACUCCGUCUUGCUGACCACCCAUUCGUUCUUCUAUGCCUCCUACCCCGCGCCUUCCCCACAGGUACAGCGGCCCAUCUCCGGCCCCCCUCGGCCUGCUCGCGCGAGCCAUCGGAGGCUCCCGUCUUCAGACACGCUGAUGACGCAGUCUAGCGAUAACGUGCUCGCUAUGCCUGCGCAGGCGUAUAUUCAGCGCGCGUUGUGA